CUGCGCAUCGGGCGGCCUCUUCCCACAUUCACGUGUCCGGAGGGGCGGGCUGCGGGUCUCCCUUUUUGGCGGCGGCGGCGGGAGAACAGAGUGCGACUGCGGGGGCCGGAGUCAUGGCAGGACAGGCAUUUAGAAAGUUUCUUCCCCUCUUUGACCGAGUAUUAGUCGAAAGGAGUGCAGCUGAAACUGUAACCAAAGGAGGCAUUAUGCUUCCAGAAAAAUCUCAAGGAAAAGUGUUGCAAGCAACAGUAGUAGCUGUUGGAUCAGGCUCAAAAGGAAAGGAUUUCUAUAAUUGGCCUGAUGAAUCAUUUGAUGAAAUGGACAGUACACUAGCUGUGCAGCAGUAUAUUCAACAGAACAUAAGAGCAGAUUGUUCCAAUAUUGACAAAAUUCUUGAACCACCUGAAGGCCAGGAUGAAGGUGUAUGGAAGUAUGAACAUUUAAGGCAAUUCUGUCUUGAACUAAAUGGACUUGCUGUUAAACUUCAGAGUGAAUGCCAUCCAGAUACAUGCACUCAAAUGACAGCAACUGAACAAUGGAUUUUUCUUUGUGCAGCUCAUAAAACUCCAAAAGAGUGUCCUGCUAUAGACUAUACUAGACACACACUUGAUGGUGCUGCAUGUCUUCUGAAUAGCAAUAAAUAUUUUCCCAGCAGGGUUAGUAUAAAGGAAUCAUCUGUAGCAAAACUAGGAUCAGUAUGCCGUAGGAUUUACAGAAUAUUUUCACAUGCUUAUUUUCAUCACCGGCAGAUAUUUGAUGAAUAUGAAAAUGAAACAUUUUUAUGUCAUCGGUUUACUAAAUUUGUGAUGAAAUAUAAUUUGAUGUCCAAGGAUAACCUGAUUGUACCAAUUUUAGAAGAGGAAGUUCAGAAUUCAGUUUCUGGGGAAAGUGAAGCAUGAAAGGAAUCAUAAGAGGAAAAUGUACUGAUCACAUAAUUAGCAUUAAUUAUGUACUGUAUAUAUAUAUCAUUUUAGACACUUCAAUCAUGUAUUCAUGUUAUAGCUUCUUUCUUUAGUAUAGGUUUUUGUAUGCUGUGUAUUGCCUUUUAAACUGGGAAAUACUUUUUAAGUUAUUCAUGAGCUGUAUAUUCACCGGUGUGGCACUCGAUGGUUUUUAAAUAAGUUUAGUAUUAUCUGUUUAUAAUGCCUGUUAAUAAAAGAAUUUACAGUUUGGUAAAAUUGCUGCUAAACAAUCAUUGGAUCACAAUCCUUAUCAAAUAAAUUCAUCUAUAAAAAGAUGAGUGAGCUUGAGAUUUCACACGAAGCCAUUUAUUGAAGAAAUAGCAAUCUUUUCUUUUAGUUUUACCCGAGUUUAGAUAUUCUGGCAAAUUCUGUAGUACAUAGUUCAGUCUUAACAGUUAACUUUUCAAAAGUGAGGUAAGUCUUAAAAUUCUGGUUGUAACUUUUAUCUACAUAAAUGAUCGUGUCUAUAAAAAUAUAAAUGCAAAUGAAGUAUUAGCAGUACUUGAUCUUAUUGUAUUAUAUAAAAUAUAUUCUAGACCAGCAUACUUAGAAAGGGUUUACCUUUCUGCCACAAUGAUCUGUUAACACAUUAGGUGAUGAUAAUGAUAAAGCACAUAAUUUAUAUUCCCACUUAUAUUAUAAACCUGCCCUGUGGUUCCCUUCUCAUAUUCCUUACCAUCCCUCCCCACCAAAUAUAUUAACUGAGAAGCUUUUCACCAGACUGUUUUAAUAGUGUCUUACACCUAUUUAUAUUUGUAUUAAUUGCUUACAGAUUAUACCUCAAUUAGCAAAUACAUUACACUACAGGAGAAAUGUUUUGGUAUAGGGUCUUGCUUAUCUUUGUUUUGCAAAAUUAUCCUAACUCCUUGGAAAAUAAUUUUAAAUAUAGCUUAACUCUAUUAAUAGUUUUCAUCUAACCAUCUAGAUAGCAUUUAAAUAGAGUUGAAAAAUUGUAUUUAUUUUAUACCCUCUCACCACAAAGUUUGUUUGAAUUAUAUGUAGAUAUUAGGUGGCUUUUGUUUUGUUUUUGGUAAUAGUAUAUAGGUUGACAGUCAUACCACUUUUGGACUUUGUUGUAACUCAGUAUCAUAAAAAAAUUCAGCUGCAAAUUUUACCAUCUUACAAUCUGCUGAAUGCAAUUUUUAACAAAGUAUUGGAGCUCUUAUCGCUAAUCUGCUUGUAAUGAGGCACUAAGAUAGGGUAAAAUAAAUGUACGUGUUAAGAAGAAAAUAUUUAAAUCUGUCUCUAGAAAAUUAAGUAAACAUAAGGAACUUUUACAUUUAAAGAGGUCAUUUUUAAGUGAAGAUAAUUCAUCUUGAUUUCUUUUUUCAAAUUUGAGUAGAUAAUUUAUACCAUUUUACGAUACAGCUGUGUAGCAAUAAUGUGGGAAAUAGCAUACUGAGAGUGUAUAUACGUUCAUAUCUUUCCAGGCCUGCAAGUUUAUUUGACUUGAACAGUGCUAUCCCAGCAGCCAGUCGUUUCCCAUCCUACAAGUAUUUUAUAAGAAGUCUUAUGUUCACAGUGAAAGGAAUGUUGACUUUGAAAUUAUGCAUUUAUAUUAAUGUCAUUAUAUAUACCAAUGGGUAUAGUAAUUUUUAUGCAAACUUGCUAAAUAUUGAGAGACUAAACAACUAAGUUAAUAAAUUAUGUAUAGCAAUGUAGGUGUUCUCUCUGGUGUCUCACAAUGGAUUUCUGUUGCUUAACUAUUAGUGAGCAUUUAAACUACAAUAGUAGCUAAGAUUGAUGAUGUAGCUAGUAUUUUAAAACAUAUUUU